GAGGGUAGCAGUGAGAAGAGAUACCUGCAGCAUUGUUGCCAUCUCCUUGAACAUCCAACAGAAAGUUCAUCCUAUUAUUUGGUCCCAAGGGAACUUGCCUUUUGACUGCUUCAGCAUAUGUGCCAUACCUAAACCUAUAGGGGGAGUUCUUAUAAUGGCUGUAAACUCACUGCUGUACCUGAAUCAAAGUAUGCCGCCUUAUGGAGUGUCUCUCAACAGUAUUGCUGAAGCCUCUUCAUCGUUUCCCCUUAAAAUCCAAGAAAAUGUUAUAUGUGCUCUGGACUGUGCUCAGUUUACUCUCAUCAGCAAUGACAGGCUUGUUUUAUCUCUCAAAGGUGGAGAGCUGUAUGUGCUAACAUUGGUGGUAGAUGGCAUGAGGUGUGUCCGAGAAUUUCAUUUUGAAAAAGCUGCUUCUAGUGUCCUCACUGCAUGUAUGUGUACCUGUGGUGAUGGUUAUUUAUUUCUGGGAUCACGUCUUGGGAACUCACUGCUACUGAAGUAUAUAGAAAAGUCCUCUGGCACUAUAAUCCAGCCAGAUGAGAAACAGUUAGGGGCAUCAGCUUGCAAGAAACAGCGGAUGGAUGGCCUUGAGCAGCUAGCCUCUGAUGUGACAGAAAUUGCAAAUGUUGAUGAAUUGGAAGUAUAUGGAGCAACAGAUAGUCAACUGGGGACAAUGAUUGCAUCUUAUUCAUUUGAGGUUUGUGAUAACAUCUGGAAUAUUGCUCCCUGUGGAGAAGUGGCAAUAGGAGAACCGGCCUUCUUGUCAGAGGAGUACAGCGGCCGAGCUGACCCGGACCUGGAGCUGGUGACCACGUCUGGUCACGGUAAAAAUGGGGCUAUUUCUGUUCUGCAACGAAGCAUAAGGCCUCAAGUGGUGACAACAUUCUCCUUGUCUGGCUGCAUUGACAUGUGGACUGUUUACUCAGCCAAGGAUUCUGUUGACACUGAAGACGAUCUAGAAGGCACCAGUAAAGAGACAGAAUCAGAAGAAGAACAGAAUGUUGAAUUUAAUGGUGGCCAUGAUUUCUUGGUGCUUAGCCGAAGAGACUCAAGCAUGGUGUUGCAGACAGGAAGUGAAAUCAAUGAGCUGGAUCACAGUGGUUUCAGCACACAGACCAGCACAGUUUAUGUGGGCAACAUUGGGAACAAGAGAUACAUCUUGCAAGUGUGCCCUGCAUCAAUGAGGCUGCUCAAGGGAAUCAAACAAAUUCAGCAUAUUCCUGUUGAUCUGGGCUCAUCAAUACAAAGCUGUUCAGUUUGCGACCCUUAUGUGGUCAUACUGGGAGCAGAAGGGCAGAUGAUGAUGUUCGUUCUCAAGGAUGACAGCUUGGUAGGAGAAGCUAGGCUGUCUGCCUGCAAGAUACCACUUGUUCAGAAUCCACGCAUCCUUGCAGUGACCACAUACAAUGAUUACAGUGGCCUGUUUACUACAGAACCUCCCAAAUCAGAGUCAACAGCUCCAAAGACAGAGAGAUUCAAGUCUGCAGAGAAAGCGCCGGCAUUUCAGCCAGAGGAAGACACUGAUGAUGAAGAUGAGAUGUUAUAUGGUGAAACUUCUAUUGUUACAGAACCAGAGAAGAAAAAUAUGGAUUCUAACAAAACCUCAACAAAUAGAAGAGAGAUUAAAAAAACCUCAUGGAUGCUGUUAUGUAGAGAGAAUGGACAGCUGGAGAUUUACAGUCUGCCUGAGUGCAAGCUUGUGUUCUCUGUGAAAAGCUUCCCGCUGGGCCAGAGAACACUAGUGGACAGUGGUCCACUCUUCGAUACUCUUAAAGUUGGUGGUGUUAUAAACGUGGAUAAACAGAAAAACCUGGAUGAGAUGCCAGUUGUGAAGGAGAUUCAGAUGUGUGGCCUCGGCCAUAACAAGACACGACCAUAUCUGAUUGCCAGAGUCGAUGAAGAUCUGCUUAUAUAUGAAGCCUUUGCACGAACUGCUAGUACAGCAGACGCCCAGAUGGCAUUUGAUCAUCUGCGCAUUCGAUUUAGGAAAAUUCAGCACGAUUUAAUUCUGAGGGAAAAACGACUUCAAACAAGAAAGAAGGGUGAAGACGAAGAGGAGCCUCCUGAUGAGAACACACCUCCAGAUUAUAUUCGGCAGCUGCGCUAUUUUGAAGACAUUUCUGGAUACUCGGGAGUUUUCAUCUGUGGACCUUACCCCCACUGGAUUUUCAUGACAAGCAAGGGAUCAUUGAGGAUUCACCCAAUGGGCAUUGAUGGCUGGGUCACCUGCUUUGCAUCUUUCCACAAUAUCAACUGUCCAAAGGGCUUCCUGUAUUUUAACAGAAAGUCGGACUUGUGCAUCUGUGUGCUUCCAACUCAUGUGACAUAUGAUGCACCAUGGCCAAUACGUAAAGUACCCUUGAGAUGCACACCACAUCAUAUAACCUACCACAAUGACAGCAAGUUGUAUGCUGUAGUCACCAGCAUUCAGGAAAGCACAAACAAGUUUCCCCGUGUUCUGUCGGAUGACCGGGAAUGGGAUUAUGUAGAGAGAAAUGAAAGGUUUGUGUACCCCAACAUGAGCAAGUACACCUUACAGCUGUUUACUCCAAGCACUUGGGAAGUGAUCCCUGACACAAGAUACGACUGUGAAGACUGGGAGCACAUCACAUGUCUGGCAAAUGCUCAGCUCAAAUCUGAGGGCACCAUUUCUGGGUUGAAGGGUUAUGUUACCAUGGGAACAGCCUACUGUAUGGGGGAAGAUGUGGUAGCACGUGGGCGGAUUAUUAUUUUGGAUGUCAUCGAGGUCGUCCCGGAACCAGGGCAGCCACUUACCAAGAACAAAAUCAAGGUAGUAUAUGAUAAAGAGCAGAAAGGUCCAGUUUCAGCAAUUGCCUAUUUGAAUGGUUUGCUAGUUACAGCCAUUGGCCAAAAGAUCUACAUUUGGUCCUUGAAUGAUGAUGACCUGUCCGGUGUUGCCUUCAUAGACUCCCUUGUUUACAUCCAUUCCUUGCAUGUCAUCAAGAACCUGAUCAUCGCAGCUGAUGUGAUGAAAAGUGUUGCACUCUACCGAUACCAGGAUGAUCUGCGUGUACUUUCCUUUGUCAGCCGGGACAUCAGGCCAUUGGAAACUUAUGCAGCAGAAUUUAUGGUUGAUGGAGAUUCCUUAGGUUUUGUAGCCACUGACAGGAACAAGAAUGUCGUCAUCCUGGCUUAUUUGCCUGAAGUGAAAGAAAGUUUUGGAGGGAACCGACUUCUGCGGCGGGCUGACUUCAAUAUUGGAUCUCAUGUCAACACACUGUUCAGAGUUCGAUGUAAACUGGAAGAUCCGUCCACCAACAAGAAAAAUGUUGCAGCUCUGGAGAAUAAACAUGUGACUUAUUUUGCCACACUUGAUGGCAGCAUCGGCUACCUUCUUCCGUUAGCUGAGAAGGUGUUCCGCAGACAGCAGAUGUUGCAAGGAUCGAUGAUUUCACAGUUGCCUAGUCCUGCAGGCUUGAAUCCUAAAGCCUUUAGAGCUUUCAAACCUACAAAGCUGGACAACAACAACCCACAGCGGAAUAUUCUGGAUGGUGAGCUGUGCUGGAAGUUUCUUCACCUCUCUGCCAUGGAAAGAGUAGAAGUUGCCAGGAAGAUUGGCACAUCAGUGGAUCAGUUGAUAGAGGACCUAAUGGAAUUUGAUCGUCUGACAGCCCAUUUUUAA